AUGACCCAUAUCAUUAAUUAUAACAUGCAUCCAGCCCAGCUAGAAUGGUAUGUAUAUGACAUCUCUUGUUCAUUGCCUACAGGUCAGAAGCUCUUACUACUUGUUGCCGCCACCCUAGUCCUACACCAGAGUACUACCGCUUAUGGGGCUGCGUCCUCUGGGAGCAUCAGCAUGGCACGGCCUGGCUGCCCAGAUAAGUGUGGCAACAUCAGCAUCCCGUACCCGUUUGGCACUGGAAAAGGCUGCUUCCAAGAACCCUUUAAUGUCACAUGCAAUGGGACCGGGGCAUAUCUCGGCUCAAACGGACUUAGGGUACUGGACAUCGGUGUUACCCUGGGCGAGGUUCGUGUUCAGAAUCCACAUAUAGCAUCGCGAUGCAACUUCAGCAAUGGCAGCAAUAGCACCAGUGGUUUCGACGUCUUAACUCUUGAUCCUUUUCAUACAGUUUCCAACACCAAGAACAAGUUGACAUCAAUCGGCUGUGGUGGACUUGCAAUGGUUGUGGGACAAGCCAAGGGCAAGAACCAGCUUGAGUACCUCACCGCUGACUCAUGCAUUUCAUACUGCAUGGACAUAAGCAGCAUCGGUAAUGGCACAGAGUGCUCUGUCACGGGUUGCUGCCGGGCCCCUGUUUCAGGAAACAUCAACGCCUUCGGCGCCCAAUCCGUACCAGUAUCAGCUAUAUACAACUCUACCAUUCAGUCUUUCAGCCCAUGCACCUACUCGUUCGUUGCUGAGGAUGAUUGGUUCAAGUUUGAUCGUUCUUAUAUCAACUCUACAAAUUUUGGACGUAAAUAUACAGAUGGUGUUCCUUUGGUACUGGAUUGGGUUGUUGGUAAUGGAAGUUGUUCUGAAACCAGCAAGAUGGGAUCACAGUAUGCCUGCCAAGCCAUGAACAGCGAGUGCAUUGAUGUGUCCAAUGGCCCCGGUUACCGGUGCAACUGCUCUCAAGGUUAUGAAGGCAAUCCCUACUUACAAGGAGGGUGCAAAGACAUCAAUGAGUGCGAACCUCCAAACCAGUCCUUGUAUCCUUGCAAAGGAUUUAGGAGCGAUGAUCCAAAGAGCAUACCCUGCGUUCAAGCUGACCCAAACAAAGCUCUGAAGGUGGCCUUAGGCACAUCUGCCGGUGUUGUCUUCCUCAUGGUUUGCAUGUUCGCUCUACGGGCUGAGUAUCAGAAAAGGAAGCUGGCGAAAGAGAAGGAAAGAUUCUUUGAUCAGAAUGGUGGUCAGAUAUUAUACCAUCAAAUUAUGUCAAAACAGGUCGAUACGUUGAUGAUAUUCACUCAGGAAGAUCUAAAGAAGGCUACAAAUGAUUUUGACGAGAGCAGAGAAGUGGGCAGGGGCGGUCACGGCACUGUGUACAAGGGUGUUCUUAAGGAUGGAAGAGUAAUAGCCGUGAAGCGCUCCAAGAUCAUGAAUGUGGCCGAAACUGAUGAAUUUGUGCAAGAGAUUAUCAUACUUUCACAGACCAACCACCGGAAUGUGGUCAGGCUUCUAGGGUGCUGCUUAGAGGUGGAAGUCCCCAUACUAGUCUAUGAAUUCAUCCCGAAUGGCACUCUUUUUGAGUUCAUCCAUCGUAACCGUGGGACUCCACCUCCCUCGCUGGACACCCGGCUCAUGGCCGCUCAAGAAUCUGCUGAAGCACUCGCAUAUCUGCAUCUGUCCAUGAACCACCCCAUAGUGCACGGGGAUGUCAAGUCCAUGAACAUUCUCUUGGACGAAAACUACAUGGCGAAGGUGACUGACUUUGGGGCAUCAAGGACACUUCCCAAGAAUGAGGUUCAGUUCAUGACAUUGGUGCAGGGGACCCUAGGUUACCUGGAUCCCGAGUACCUGCAGGAACGGCAGCUCACGGAGAAGAGCGACGUUUACAGCUUCGGCAUUGUGCUGCUGGAGCUGAUUACGGGGAAGACGGCGAUCUACCACGAUGGCCCCAAGGAAGGCAAGAGCCUCGCGUCGUCCUUCCUGCUCGCGAUGAAGGAGGAGAGCCUCGAUGCCAUCCUGGACGCGAGCAUACUAAGCGCCGGGAUGGAGACGCUGCUGAGAGAAGUCGCCGAGCUUGCGAGGAUGUGCUUGAGCACCAGGGGGGAAGAGAGGCCUUCCAUGACCCAGGUGGCUGACAAGCUGAAGGCUCUGCGGAGCACCUGGAGGGAGAAAUUUCUGCUGACGGACGGCGAGACUGAGCGUUUGGUAUCGGCACCUGCAGCUUUGGCGUUUCAUGAUCCUCUGUCAUCGAUCAUGUUCUCGACUGGGCCCCGCAUGUCUGGAAUAGGUAUAGAGACACCCAGAUGA